AUGUCUGCCACCAAGCCCGUUCGCUCUCCGAGCCCCAAGCUCGAGAAGCCUGCCAACGGCGCCAAUGGUAUCAAUGGCAAAGCACCUGUCGAGCGCGAACCGAGCUACAAGUCCGACGGUGUCGAGGACAACGAUAUCUUCCUUCUGCCCGUUUCCGAUUACCAGAUCAUGCUCGGCUUGACCUUUCUCGCUGCCAUCAUUCGUCUAUUCCGCAUCUACCAGCCCACAAGUGUUGUGUUUGACGAGGUCCACUUCGGUGGCUUCGCUUCGAAAUACAUCAAAGGAAGGUUUUUCAUGGAUGUCCACCCGCCCCUAGCCAAGAUGCUUAUCGCUCUGACCGGUUGGCUGGCUGGGUUUAACGGCGACUUCGACUUUAAGGAGAUUGGCAAGGACUACCUUGAGCCUGGCGUUCCCUACGUCGCCAUGCGCAUGUUCCCCGCCGUUUGCGGUAUUCUGCUGGCCCCUCUAAUGUUCCUUACCUUGAAGACCACUGGAUGCCGUACUACAACGGCUUUGAUGGGCUCUUGCCUGAUCAUCUUCGAGAACGGCCUUCUUACUCAAGCCCGCCUCAUUCUCCUCGACUCCCCGCUCAUGGUUGCAACCGCCUUCACCGCUCUCUCCUUCCAGUCCUUCACAAACCAGCACGAGCAGGGUCCUGAGAAAGCUUUCCAACUUAGCUGGUGGUUCUGGCUGCUGAUGACUGGUUUGGGUCUGGGAACGACUGUCAGCAUCAAGUGGGUCGGUUUGUUCACCAUCGCCUGGGUGGGCAGCUUGACACUUAUCCAGCUCUGGGUUCUUCUCGGCGACACCAAGAACGUUACACCGCGCCUCUGGGCCAAGCACUUCAUGGCUCGUGCUUUCGCCCUAAUCAUUAUUCCUCUUGGCUUCUACAUGGCCAUGUUCGCCAUUCACUUCCUCUGUCUGGUCAACCCGGGUGACGGUGACGGCUUCAUGAGCUCCGAGUUCCAGUCCACUCUCAACUCCAAGGGCAUGCAGGACGUAGCGGCGGAUGUCGCCUUCGGAAGCCGCGUCAGUAUUAGACACGUCAACACACAGGGUGGCUACCUUCACUCCCACCCGCUCAUGUAUCCUACCGGCAGCAAGCAGCAGCAAAUCACUCUUUACCCCCAUAAGGACGAGAACAACCUCUGGCUCCUCGAGAACCAGACCCAGCCGCUUGGGGUUAAUGGCGAGCAGAUCAAUGGAACUCAAGCCUGGAACAACCUCCCCGAACCGGUCUUCAUCAAGGAUGGUGAUGUCAUUCGCUUAUACCACAUGCCUACCUUCCGCCGCCUGCACUCUCACGACGUUCGCCCCCCUGUGACCGAGGCUGACUGGCAAAACGAAGUUUCUGCUUACGGUUAUGAAGGCUUUGAGGGUGAUGCCAACGACCUUUUCAAGAUCGAGAUCGUCAAGAAACAGUCGCUCAGCCCCAUUUCCAAGGAACGCCUUCGCACCAUCGAGACCAAGUUCAGACUGGUCCACAUCAUGACUGGUUGCGUACUCUUCUCUCACAAGGUCAAGCUCCCUGAUUGGGCUUCCGAGCAACAGGAGGUCACAUGCGCCAGAGGGGGCACGCUUCCUAAUAGCUUGUGGUACAUCGAGUACAACGAGCACCCCCAGUUGACCGGUGACAACGUCGAGAAGGUUAACUACCGUAACCCCGGCUUCUUUGGCAAGUUUUGGGAGCUUCAGAAGGUUAUGUGGAAGACCAAUGCGGGUUUGGUCGAAUCUCACGCCUGGGAUUCCCGUCCUAGCGCGUGGCCGCUUCUCAAGCGCGGCAUCAACUUCUGGGGCAGGGACAACCGCCAGAUUUACUUGCUGGGCAACCCUGUUGUUUGGUGGAGCUCUACCCUUGCUGUUGUUGUCUAUGUUCUUUUCAAGGGCAUUGCAACUCUACGCUGGCAACGCAAAUGCAACGAUUAUGCCAAUACCACCUUCAAGCGUUUCGACUACGAGAUCGGCACGGCCGUGCUUGGCUGGGCUUUUCACUACUUCCCUUUCUACCUGAUGGAUCGUCAGCUGUUUCUUCACCACUACUUUCCGGCCCUUUACUUCGCGGUCAUGGCUUUCUGCUCAACAUUUGACUUUGUAACAGCUCGAGUCUCUUUUGGCGGCAUUCGUCACAAUCCCUUUGUCAACCGCGUCAGUGCCGUCGCCUUCUUGGCUCUUACCGUUGUCGGUUUCGUGCUCUUCUCGCCUUUGGCCUACGGAAACCCUUGGACUAAGGCCGAGUGCAACCGGGUCAAGCUUCUUGGCUCGUGGGACUUUGACUGCAACACUUUCCAUGAAAACUACUCUCAGUAUACGCCACUACUCACUCGCAAAUCUUCUGCUUCUGGUGCCACCCCGACACCGGCAAAGUCUGAGGCCCCCGCCGCCCCAAUUGGCGGACAGGUGGGACAGAUCCCGAUCGGUAAUGCCCCAAAAGAGCAACCGCAGGAGGCGGUCGAAUCGGAAGCCCCGGGUCAGAAGGUGCUCUCUCGAGAGGAGAAGGUGGAAUAUCGGGACCAAAACGGCAACCUUCUCAACGAGGAGCAGGUCAAGGCCUUGGAGGGCAAGGUCGAAUUCAAGACAAAAUAUGAGACGCGGACGCGCGUCGUCGACGCAAGUGGGAACGAAGUACAAACGCCCGAAGGCGGUUGGCCACAAGAGCUUGGUCAAGAACAAGGCGGCAAUGUGGCCCCGCCUCAUCCUGAUGUCCAGGGCGUCGACCCUGAGACCAAGGCCAAGGCUGACGACUCGGCCGCCCCCAAGGUCGCCGAAAGUGUUCAAGGCCAGAAGGAGGCCGAGCAGAAAAAGGCCAAGCCGGCUAGCGACGGCGGCAAGGAGGCUACUGCUCAGGAGGAGCUUUGA